GGCGUCUUCCCGCUCACGCGGCGCUCGCUCGCUCGUUUGGCGCGAAUGUUUACGCGGACUCGGGGACGCGGUUACGCACGACUACUCGCUCGCCCGUCGCCUUCGUGGCACGGCUGACUUUUCGAGGUUAAACGGACGGUAGCACGUUUCGUUCGAGGUAGAACUACCUCUCUCGCGCAACUCGGCCCGCCACUCGUCGUCCACCGUCGUCGCCGUCGCCGUCGCGUAUCGGCGGAUCCGCGACGGCGUAGGUCUUCGUCCAGGAGAUUGGCGCACGGCGCGAUAACCGCGCGCUCAUACUUACUACUUAGGCGUAUACGUACACUCGCUCGAGAGAGUUAAACGAGAGCCGCAAAUCGUGGGGAGAAUCGGAGCAUCUCCCACUAGAUAUUAGCAAUAUGGAUGAGAAAUGAAGUAUGUCAGACACGUUUAAUUAAUAUUCUUCAGUGAACGAAGAUGAAUAGUGAGCAGCAUGCAUUGCCAGCGACAACGCAGGCACAACAAGAGGAUGUAAACGCGGGUCAAAGUGGUCGUCCUUCAUACCCAGGUGGUUUGGCUACUGCGACCGCGAGUCUUGGCAAUGUAGGGAGUACUCCCCAUUCAUCCGCGGACCUGCGUGUAGGUACUGCCGUAGCGUUAGCCUCCUCGGUAGCCUCCUCGGUAGCUAAGUAUUGGGUCCUCACCAAUCUGUUUUCUCCCGGACCGCUACCACAAGUCUCGGUCUACCACCAUUCCCACCACAACUCCUCGCAUAGGAGUGGUGGCGGUGGGGAGGCAUCAUCCUCCAAAGAGCCAGCCUCUUCACUGAACCAGGAAAUGGCGUUGACUUCCAGCUCGCAUCAUCAGCAACAGUCAACAGCCGCGCAUCAUCAUCAUCAGCCUUCAGUUAGCAGCAGCAGCAGCAGCAGCCACCACAGUUCUCUGCAGUCGAAUCCACAGAUUCCUGUAUCUCUUCCCGGCCUUAAUUUAGACGGCGCACAUAUACCAGCGAGUGUUAGUCACCUGGCUGCACAUGCACAAAUGCAACAACAAAUGCAGGCGCAAGCACAGCAGCAGCUGCACCAGCAGCAACAGCAGCAACCGCCGCAGCAGCAGCAGCAGCAGUCUCAUCAUCAGAUGCCGAAUCAUCAGAACGCUCAGAACAAUGGGCCGACGGCGCACAGCCAGAACGCGCAGCGAGACGACAACAAAGUCAAGGACGAGGGCGGUAGUUGCACCACCGAGCGUUGCAGCGACAAUCAGGUUCACUGUCAAGUUCAAUGCGAUCUGCAAUUACAACCACCCCAAGAUCUUCAACAGAGCUUGAUGCAACAGCAGCAGCAACAGCAGCAGCAACAGCAGCAGAUCGGGGUCAAUAUCAGCGGUAACUCCACUACCGAGGGAGGAAGCCAGAACAGCUCCGAGAAACCCGAGAAGGAGAAGGAAUUGCGGCAACUUAAUAUGACCCAAUUUCAAGUCCCUGACUUGAAACCAGGCGGACACAUGAUGGACGUGAGGACAGCAGAUGGAUCAGUUGUCAAAAUUAGCGCAGGAAACGAGCAAGAUUUGGCCAAGACUCUCGGCGUCGAAAUGGUACAAAAUAUGUACAAGGUUAAUGUUGAGGAUAUUAACCAACUCUUGGCGUAUCACGAGGUCUUCGGAAAGCUGCAGAGCGAGAUUGCAGCCGGGACGACUCUAGUGGGCAGCACCGUGCCCACACAGACAGUUACCACGAUACAGAACGGCACGCCAAUCGUGCAGCAGGUCCAGUUGAACAAAUUCGACAUAAAGUCGAGCGACGGCGAAGCGACGCCCGGCCCGAGCGCGUCGCCCGUGUCGGUUGGCAGCCACGCUUGCGAGAUAUGCGGAAAGAUCUUCCAGUUUCGUUAUCAGCUCAUUGUACAUCGCAGAUAUCACACCGAGAGGAAGCCAUUCACGUGUCAGGUAUGCGGUAAAGCGUUCUCGAACGCAAACGACUUGACGCGCCACGGCAAAUGUCACCUGGGCGGAUCCAUGUUUACUUGCACCGUUUGCUUUCACGUCUUCGCGAACGCACCUUCGCUGGAACGUCACAUGAAGCGACACGCCACCGACAAACCGUACAAUUGCACGGUCUGCGGUAAGAGUUUCGCGCGUAAAGAGCAUUUGGAUAACCACACGAGAUGUCACACUGGCGAGACACCGUACAGAUGCCAAUACUGUUCGAAGACAUUUACCCGAAAAGAGCAUAUGGUAAAUCACGUUCGCAAACACACUGGUGAGACUCCACAUCGAUGUGAUAUUUGCAAGAAGAGCUUUACUCGCAAAGAACACUUUAUGAACCAUGUUAUGUGGCAUACAGGAGAAACCCCUCAUCAUUGCCAAGCUUGCGGCAAGAAGUAUACGCGCAAAGAACAUCUCGCUAACCAUAUGCGCUCACACACAAACGACACGCCGUUCCGUUGUGAAAUAUGCGGUAAGUCGUUUACGAGGAAGGAGCACUUCACGAACCACAUAAUGUGGCAUACGGGCGAGACGCCGCACCGCUGUGACUUCUGCUCGAAGACGUUCACGCGAAAGGAACACCUCCUGAACCACGUUCGCCAGCACACGGGUGAGUCUCCACACCGAUGCGGCUUCUGCUCCAAAUCGUUCACCAGAAAGGAACACCUUGUUAACCACAUCCGCCAACACACAGGGGAGACGCCCUUCCGCUGUUCAUACUGUCCGAAAGCAUUUACGCGGAAGGAUCACCUGGUGAACCACGUCAGGCAGCACACGGGUGAGUCACCGCACAAGUGCCAGUAUUGCACCAAAUCCUUCACGCGGAAGGAACAUUUGACCAAUCACGUGCGUCAACACACAGGCGAAUCGCCACAUCGAUGCCACUUCUGCUCCAAGUCAUUUACUCGUAAGGAGCAUUUGACGAAUCAUGUGCGCAUCCACACUGGCGAAUCUCCACAUAGGUGUGAGUUUUGCCAGAGGACGUUCACUAGGAAAGAACAUCUAAAUAAUCAUCUCCGUCAACAUACCGGAGAUUCUUCACACUGUUGCAACGUUUGCUCCAAACCAUUCACAAGAAAGGAGCAUCUCGUGAAUCAUAUGCGUUGCCAUACUGGUGAACGUCCAUUCGUGUGCACAGAAUGUGGCAAGAGUUUCCCGCUGAAGGGUAAUCUUCUCUUCCAUAUGCGUUCGCACAACAAGGGCAGCAACGCCGAGAGGCCGUUCCGCUGCGACCUGUGCCCCAAAGAUUUCAUGUGCAAAGGACACUUGGUCUCGCACCGGCGUUCGCAUUCAGAUGAACGGCCGCACAGUUGCCCGGACUGUGGCAAGACCUUCGUCGAGAAGGGCAACAUGUUGCGGCAUUUGCGCAAGCACGCGGCCGAGGGACCGCCGACACAGGUUAGCACACCGUCGGCCAUACCGCAAUCCGGUGUCCUGCCGAUACCGGCAGCGGCGGCGGUCCUGGUCGGGCAUCCAUUAGCACCGCCGGCGCCGCCUGUGGUGCCGCAACACACGGUGGUCGUGCCGACACCGCCCGGUGUAUUGACAUCGUACUAGAUCGAGACAGUUACAGGGAUUGGACAAGGAAAAAAUAGAAAGAAAGAAAGAAACAAAAAAUAAAGAAAAGAGGAAAAAGAGAAGAUAAGAAGAGGCAUUUGAAGAUGAUACAUGCUGUGUAUACUUAAUAUAUGAUUGCGUCGAGGAAGUGUGAAGAUUGUGCGCCAUUCAUCGUUUCCUUAAGGACCUGGGUUACAGUGAGGAUUUACUAUGCGCCAUUUGAAUCAACGGUGUCUUCUCGCGUGCUGCUCGAUCCGCUCGUGAUGAUGCCCCGCGGCAGCUGCGACACCCAUCUUCGUUUCGCGUAAGAUUCGCAGUGAACUUUGUUCGGGACGAUAUAGAGCGAUUGCUCGUGAUACGCGCAUGAACGCGCAUUAGAACAUUGAUGACUGUUCUUUACGACAAUUAUUACGGCGAUUAUUAUCCAAAGUUUGAUUUUGCUUCGUUUAUGCUUGUACUUGAUAAGUCGAUUGGUAACGAACAUAUAACGUAUUCGUUCCAAAUUUGUGCAAGAGGAUAUCCCAGAGUAUCAGAUUUUUGCGAUUAUAUGAGAAAUAUGUAAUAACUUCUUCGUUAUACUUUAGUAAGCUUCCAUAAUUUUAACAAAGAGGCACUAAUUAUAUAAAUGUCAAUGACGUCUUGGGGAUUAUGUUUGUAUGUUAUUUUAGUUUGUCUGUC